CACUCUGGUGGGAUCGAAUUCAGACGAGUUGUACUGCUGGAGGAGACGUGACCUGCAAAAAAGAAGCGUGCGUAAUUUACAAUGGCGAAAUGGCAAAUGCGAAGGGAAGUUCUACAAUGUUUUGCGAUGCUUGAGAUGGAUUACAUGGAUUCAGACGCAAGGGGGGAACUUGAUGAGAUGUAUCAAGAGAUCUAUGAUGAUAAAUAUGGCAUGUUUUCAGUAGAUUCUGAUUCCGAUUCUGACUGUGAGACGUAUGGGACCCCUCCCAGGGUGCCAGCGGCACCACAACGCAAGCAGCAAAGCUCCGGCAGCCACUAUAGUCAACAUGGGCGCAAUAAAGCCCCACCUGAGAUGGAGAGAGAGAACACGGGGAUGGACGGCACAGUUUGGAUGAAACAGCCUCUUGGUAACGCCACGGGUCGAUUAUCAACACAGAACGAAACCAGAGUGGAGUCAGGCCCUACACCAUAUGCAAAAGACAAAAUCGACAGUGCAUACGGCAGCUUUCAUUGUUUAUGUGACAUGGAGAUGUUGCAACGCAUCAGGGACUGUACUGUGGCUGAGGCGCACCGGGUGCAAGGAAAAAACAAAACAUGGGACUUGUCUGUGGAGGAAUUGCAAGCAUUCAUUGCGUUCCUGUAUGUCCGUGGGCUAUACGGCAAUAGACUAGCGUCUUUGGAUGUCUUCUGGUCAUGUUCUAAGUUGGAUUUCUUUCGAGAUACCAUGCCAAUGGACCGCUUCACAGAAAUCAUGCGGUACCUGCGUUUUGACACAAGAGAGAUCAGACGCCCCAUGACAAAUUCGAACAAAUUCGCCGUGGUCUCAGAAGUUUGGAACGCGUUUGUACAGAACUGCGUUGCAUGUUACAAGCCAGGUUUGAACAUUUCUGUCGAGGAGCAAUGGUUCCUCACAAGUGGGGAGGUCAUCAAGUUUUCGUUGACCGCUGACGUAGACAGCAAGUACGUGCUAAAUGUCAUUCCUCAUGUAAUUCAGAAGCCUGAACAUCUGGCACUGAAGCUUGUGGAACCUUACCUCGGCGCGGGGAGAAAUGUCACCACGGACAAGUUCUGCACAUCCCUGCCAUUAGCAAAUAAGUUGCUUGCCAACAAAACCAACAUGGUCGGGGCCGUGAGCCAUUGCGGACGAGAGCUGCCUCCGGUGAUGUGCAAUCAGGCACAGACAAAGCUAUACUCCACUACGGUGCUAAAGCAUGACAAAGCAACACUUACGGUUUACAGAAGUGAACCAAGAAAGAACGUCUGUAUCCUGAGCACUAUACAUCCGACUGUCGCCAUCGGGAACGACGGAAGGAGAGAACCGGAGACCGUGACGUUCUAUAAUUGCAACAUGGUUGAUGUAAAUAAGAUGGCAAGACAGUAUACGGUGGAGGUUGUGACCGGGUUGGAGAAAGGAGGUUCACACCGCUGGCCUGUUGGUGUAUUCUACAACCUUCUCGACCUGGCUGCAAUCAACGCACAUGUUUUAUUCACGCAAUGCACCGGCAAGACCAUGCCGAGGAGCGAUUUCAUCAUGGAUCUGGCAUUGGAGCUUCGUAAGAACCACAUGAGGACCAAGGCCGCACCGCCUCCUCCCCUCGCACCCAUCCAGCACACAGUCUGUGAAAUGAAGACGCAGAGCCAGGUGCGCAGAUCGACAAGGAACAAGGCCCGUGAAAGCUGUGCAUAGUGCCCGGUGUAGCUCAGUUGGUAGAGUAUGGCGCUUGCAACGCCAGGGUUGUGGGUUCCUUUCCCACGGGGGGCCAGUA